GAUGCGCAGUAGUGCCCUCCAGUUUUCUCCAUGGCAGUUGUUUUUAAAAACGUCACACGAAUAAAACGAAGGAUUCCACGGAUUUAACGAAGGAGUUUAGCUCCCGUAAAAGGAAAAAAAAACGAAAUUUCGUCAGAUGAGCACUUUUUGUAAGGUCGAAAAAAGCUCGCUGUGCCGCGAUGCAAACUAACGUUCGUAAGCCCGCGAAAUCCGAGAAGACGCCACGGCGCAAGAAGCUCGCCACGGAGCAACAGAGCGCCGCUAUGGAUAUGUUCGUAACACCGAAACGUCAAAAGAGUGACGAUCUAGAGGUCACUGGUAUCUCCCGCAGUGGCCGUGUCAGAAAGAAAUCAUCCAAACUCGUUGACUUUGAAUCGCCAGAUGAUUUUACGGAUAAGAAGUACAAACUACAGAAGGUUCAGCAAUUACAAGCUCAACAACUGUUGGACAGAUAUGAGACGCAGCAUAUGUCACCCAGCCAUUCCAUACAACAUGGAAGUGGUGGGAGGCAGAGGAAAAAUUCUAGUUCCAGUUCCGGACAGCAGAGAAUCAAAACAGAGACAUUGUCCGAUAACGAAGGCCAGUCGUCUGGAUCUGAAUCUGACGAUCCAAGUGGACUGAACGAAUAUGAAAGAUACAGUAUGGAUUCUGUGAGUGACGAUGACAUAGAUCCUCUCAUGAUAGAUGACAGAGAGGCAGGAUUCAGAAAGCUCGAACCACCUGGUCAGGAAACUCCUUCGCAAGCGAACAGUUUGUACAUGCUUGAGAAAUGUAAAAAGAAACUGAUUAUCAAAGAUGGGAAAAUAAUUGGUAGAAUGAAGGCACAGCGAAAAGACAAAGGGAAAACAAGAUUCACCGCUUACAUGUUGUGGGCUAAAGAGAUUAGGCAAGAGUUACUCGAGCAAUGUCCUUACAUGGAUUUUGCAGCUAUUUCUAAACGUUUAGGAGAACUGUGGGCUACGGUUCCGAAUCUGGAAAAGUAUAACUGGCGCAGACGCGCGAAACGCUUGGCAGCGAAGCCUCACUCUUUACCACCGAGUAAAGAUGAGCCAGUUUGGAAAAUGCCGCCGCCAGCCUCGCGAAAAAAGUUCAUUAACAAAAUUGGUAAUGGGAAAGAGCAAAAACCAGCUACCUCGAAAAAGACUAUACAGCUAGGCCUACCUUCCGUUGUAGGAAACGUACCAGUGUCUCCACCGUCGAAUCGAACAGGAAAAGACUUGGUUAACGAGCCCAUGAUAGGCACAGGAAUGUACAAAGUUGUUGGAACACAGCCUAUAGACGUAGCUGCCCAUUUAAAGCUUCUUGGCGAGAGUUUGACCAUCAUUGGCGAACGAUUGAAAGAACACGACGGGCAGAUAGCUGUUUCGGGCAGUCUGUCGGUUCUCCUGGACUCUUUACUCUGCGCUCUGGGUCCCCUGAUCUGUCUCACCCAACAGAUCCCAGAAACCAACGGAGCCAAACACGAAACACUCUCUCAAAUGCUCGACAAUAUCGCCUACCUUAUGCCUGGUUUAUAAUGCAUGGAAAACUGGAAAACACUGGAAAACUAUUCUGUAAUAAUCCACACUGUGUAUAUAUAUGUAUAUAUAUGGAGGAUUUUAUCAAAUAUUGCACAAAGAUACGAACUCGAAAUUUUCGAUGUUAAUUUCUCAUGAAAUACUGGUAAAAUAUGACGAAACAAAGAAAAAACGCCCUUGUUAAACCCUCUGAGUCUAUAAUUAAUUGCAAUAUGCAGUGGGCAAGAUUUAGAGCUCAACAUUAUUUAUUAAUGUAGAAAUAUAUAAAAACAACGAAUUAAAAGAAUACAGUCAGCGUAAUAAGUAUUUGUACAGGAACCAUUUAUUUUAAAUGGGUUGCUGUACGAAUACCUUUUACAUUGACCGUAUUGGUUUUUCAAAUAUUAUACAAUAAAGCUUCUCUGUGGUUCGCCAUUUUUGAAGAAUUCAGAAAAUUUCCAACAGAAAAUGUAGUUCUGCUUUCUCCCUUCUGUAUUAUUUUUCUACAUUAAUAUAUAAGUAGAAUAAAUUUAUUUCUAAAUUUUGACCACUCAAUUAUGGACUUGAAGGGUUCAACGAUGUCUCUUUUUCUCUGUCUGAUUGCAUUUUACCUGAUCAUAUUUUAUUAAUCUGAUAUUUUACCUAAUCUGUAUUAUACCAGAACUCGAUGGAAAAUCGACAGUUAAUUCAUACAAAUAAAUUAUGAAUCUCUUUUUUCAUCUUGUAACUAUAUUCACUGAAAUUUCAAUUAAAAUUUCAACCAUUUUCCAAUUUGAUGGAAGAUCGACAGAAAAUUUGUAGAGCGCGUCUUUGUUCAAUAUUUGAGAGGAUCACAUACACAUUCUUACACAUACACGCGUGCUCGCUAGAAGUUAUAGUCAGCGAUGUUUCUGAAUGGAUAAACGCGACAACAGGAGAAACACGAGGUCGACGACUUUGUUAUAUCGUGUCUGCUUGUGAAAGUAUAAUAUUUUAUAUAAAUAACAUGUUUGUACAAAAAUAUAAUAAAUAUUUAAAUAGUUCGAUUAUAA